AUGGCACGAGGCGGCUCCCUUCAAAUCCCCUCGACAGGCACCGACGUCGGCGAGGCGUCGUCGCCUGCAGGAGAGGACGCCGUCGAAGCCGGUCGCGUUCGGAAUGAAGUGGAGCGUGUGGAGAAACGGAUGGUAGCGAGGGAGGCUCAAAAGGAACAGGCGCCUCCGGAAACCAGAGCAGCUCACGUGCUCGCUGCAGACGCAGGGAAACCCUCUCGCAUUUCCCAGACUCCUUCCGUGGACUCGAGGGACGCUGGAGCGGAAGUCCCCACCUCGGCGUCGCCGCCUCAGGGGACGUCGUCGCGACCGUCCGAGUCAAACGCGCCGCCCGCUUCUGACUCGCGGCCUCUCCGCAGCUCUGAGGCUGGACCUGCCUGCAGGAGCAGCAGAGGCGCGCAUGCGCAUCGCCCGGAGGGGGGGAGUCCCGCGGAGAAGCCUUCCGCGGAGCGCAAACGCGAACGACGGGCGCGACAGCGCGUCCCGAGAGGCGCCGCUUGCGAGGAGGCGGAUGCGCCUCCCGAAUCGUGCAUCGUGCAAAUGCAGGAACUGAACCCUCGGGAGAGUCACAGUCGGGAAGCGUCCGCUCAAAAGAGCCAGCGGUCGGAAGGCGCCUCGUCUUGCUCGCGUCUCGGAGAACGCAGUGCGGGGCGGCUGGCGGACGCGAGUGGAGGAGACAAAGACGGACCCAAAGACAGACGCAAAGACGGACUGCGGCAAGCGCGUGCGCUGAGCGCGGAUUCGACGGCGGUGGAAGAUGUUCGCAGUCGCGAGGGCCCUCCAGCGUCUUUUCUCCGCGGGGGAGAAGACAAAGGCGCCGACCGCGGCGCCGAGCCCGAAAGAGAACGGAAACGGAGACGCCUACCCUCUCAAACGGCGAGCUCCGGAUCGCCCCCUGACGCGCCAGAAAGUGCAGGAGCAGAAGUGGCCUCGUCCUGGUGUGACAAGUGGAAUAAGUUCUACAAGCGCUCGUUCAAGGAGAUUUCCCACCCUUUUGCAGAGCGCGGGAGCGUCAACUCCAUGUGCGGGACGAUGCUGGUGGCCUUCUUAACCAGUGGCGUGCUGCUGUUUGUUUUUUUUCAAGAAUUGGUCGUCAACUUCACAACUUUCAACGGAAGAUGCAUCUCGCCCGUGCUGUACCCGGCGUACGAAGCGCCCCUCGAGGAACGAAUGCCCCGAAUUGUGAGCUUUGGCUACGGCGCGUGUGAGCACAACUUGGGCAUGUCGUUGUACGACCGUCAAGGCCUGCAGCGACAGGACGCGGAGACUGAGAACGACUCUAACGAAGGCGGAGAGUGGUCUCCCGGACCGCUACAGAGGAGGUGCGCAUCGGGGACGUGCGCGGGCGACAACGGCUGGCCUCAUCAUCUCGUCCGCAGAGGCAAUUCGCAGUAUUUCUCUGCUGCCUUCGACUCGCCGAACCCGCGCAUUUUCGGGGCUGCCGGCGGCUUAGACACGAACAAGAUUCGCAACUACGGCGAAGUCUUCCGCGUUUUCUGGGCAAUGAAUCUCCACGGCGGACGGCUCCACCUCGCCAACAAUAUCGCGUGUCAGCUGCACGCCUUCUGGAUCCUCGAACCUUGUUGGGGCUUCUUCCGCACGCUGCUUCUCUGGCUGGUCGGCGGCGUCACGGGGAACCUCUUCAGCGCUGUCGUCGAUCCGUGCACCGUGACCAUAGGCUCCUCAGGGGCUUUCUUCGGGAUGCUCGGCGCGCUCAUUCCCUUCUCUAUCGAAUACUGGGACCACAUUACCAGCCCCGCCUGGUUUCUCUUCUGCGUCGCAAUCCUCGUGACGGUGGCCCAGCUCGGCAGUAUGAUCGGCCUGGGAGGCAUUGACAACAAUGCCCAUCUUGGCGGGCUCCUUGGCGGUCUACUCUUUGGCCUCGCCACCAUCCGCUCCGUGCAUGCUUUCCGACCUACGUGUCUCUACUUGGACCGGUUAGGCCCUUGUGACGCUUUCGAAUUUUCUUACCCCUUUGCAUGCACCGCCGGUUUCACCAGGUGGCAAGGCGUGACCGAGCGCAUGGCGUCGUCCUGUCUCUUCGGGUGGAUGUUUCCCGCCGAGAAAAGGAGUAUUCUUCAGGAGGCAAAUCGGCAAAGAUUGCUGCGAGACAAGAGACAACGGGAGUUGGGACAAACUCGGUUUCCGAAAAUGACCUGGAAGUUUCGUGGCCAUGAGGGAGAAUGGGGCGUCCGCCUCGCCGCGACUGUCGGGCUGGUUUCGCUGUGGGUGGUUUUGUGGCUGUAUUUGUUGGUCCCCGCGUACUACGAGUCGUUGACGACGCCUCCGGGGAACUUCUCCUUUUCCGGCUAUUCCGGCUGUCACUGCUGCCGGGUUCAGCCCUUUCCAGGAGACGAGCAGGCUCUGCCCAAGUACCACACUGUUCGCGUCAACAAGGGUGUGUUCUGGUGUUUUUCGUCUGCGGAAGCGGCGAACGUGAUGUGUGGCCGGAAAUCCUUUUUGAAGCCACGCGAGAGUGCCUCGCCCGGCGGCGGGUCAGACGCGAACGGGGGACAACUCGAGAUCCCCGAACUGCUUCCCGAUCAAGGCAGGCGGCGCGGAGACGUGGAGAUUGCCGGCGAGCAGGAUCUCACGAGUCGCCUGGACCGGCUGAUCCGCUCUGUGAAAAAUAUCUAUCGCAGGUUUUCGCGCAAGGCGCCGGAGAGUGCGUCGCCUCCCGCCGACAGUGCGUCGCCUCCCGCCGACAGUGCGUCGCCUCCCGCCGACAGUGCGUCGCCUCCCGCCGACAGUGCGUCGCCUGGCGAAAAGUUCGGAGAGACUCCUCGACUCGGAGACGCGGCGGAGACGCGAGCUUAG